AUGGCAUCCCCAUUAACAAUAGUCGUCACCGGCGCCAACCGCGGAAUCGGCCAAGGCAUCAUCAACCUCCUAGCCACCACUCAACACCCACAACCCCUCCACAUCUACGCCACAUCCCGCGGCGGCGUAGACCUCAACAUCCAAGCCAAACCACCCAACGAGAUCCGCUACGCAAAACUUGACGUCUCAGACAAAUCCUCAAUCACAUCUUUCCUCAAGACCGCGCUCAACGACAGCGGCAAAAUCGACGUCUUGAUCAACAACGCCGGCAUAAACAACAACAACAACGAAACCCCCGAUGCCGCCGAACAAGUCAUCAACGUGAACUACCACGGCACAAAACAAAUGUGCCAACUCUUCCUCGCCCAAGGAAAAAUGUCAUCCACACCAAACGCGCGCAUAGUAAACGUAUCCAGCACCGCCUCUUCCUUGUCAAACUACCCCAGUACAACUGCAUCCCGUUUCCGCUCCGCAACGUCCAUCGCCGACGUAGACACCCUCGCCCAGGAAUACAUCAACUCCGUGAAAUCCUCAUCCCAAGAAGCCGCCGGGUUCGGCGCGCCGCCGAAAUCGUAUCAAGUCAGCAAAGCGCUGAUGAACGCUUUGACGGUCGUUCUGGCACAUUGGGAGGCCGCCGAAGACGUUGGAGGAGGGGGCGAGGAUACCGGUGAGGUUGGGGGUUGGGCAGCUUGGUAA